GUAUUGGAGAGACGCCCUUUAAUCAAGUUCACAACCACCCCCUUCUUCAAUUCCCCUGAUUCCGCCUCCAAAAUUCCGCCGGCCGUUCUCCGAUGAUCGUCGCCGCCCUGAUUUCCGUCUAUUUCCGGUCUUGAUUGCAGGUUUUAGGGCGGAGUGCCAACGGGUGUGUCGGUUCUCUGGGAUUCUGCGGCAAUGAGUGCGGGCGCGGCGACGUUCCCGUCUAUACUCGACAAACCCCUCAACCAAUUGACGGAGGAUGACAUUUCGCAGCUCACUCGAGAGGAUUGUCGCAAAUACCUAAAAGAAAAAGGAAUGCGGCGGCCGUCAUGGAACAAAUCUCAGGCGAUCCAGCAGGUUAUUUCUCUCAAAGCACUGCUUGAACCCUGUGAUGAUUCCGGCGCCAGUGCUCUCAGGAAGGUCGUCGUUUUGCCUCGGGUGAAUUCAAAUCAAGGCGAUUCACCCAAAGAACCGAGUGAUGAUGCUCAGUUUACAAUGUCAGUUGAUGAAUCUGCGUAUAGCAAUGUGGAAACUGCAAAAUCUACUCCUGAGGAUCCACUAGCUGAGCCAGACAACAAUGUCACCAGUCCCAGAAAUCAAUACGAAACAAAUGGAGUGGAUGGCCAAAUGACAAUUUUCUAUUGUGGCAAAGUGAAUGUGUAUGAUGGAGUUCCACCGGAUAAGGCAUGGGCAAUCAUGCAUCUUGCAGCUGGUCCAAUUCAUGUCCCUCAGAAUCAUCCCUUGGGUGGAACUGCUGCAUGUCAGUCUCCACCACGACCUUUGCAGACUUGCAGUGACAAAGAUGACUUUUUUCCUCCUAGUGCUACCAUGUAUCGAAAUGUGCAUACAGAGAAGAUGGUCGAGCACCCUCAGCAGCAGCAGCAGCAGCAUGUAAAAGGAACCAGUACUCGAGAUUCUGAUGUUGAGGGUCAGGCGAGUCGGAAAGUUUCAUUACAGAGAUAUCUUGAAAAGCGAAAAGACAGGGGAAGGUUAAAGAACAAGAAAAAUCCAGAAUUGUCUUCUUCUAGCCUGGAAGGUUAUAUGAACCAUCAAAUGAGGACGCACAUAUCCAAUAAGAAUUUAGGUCAGUUUGCGACAAGCUCUUUAUCCCCUACUGGAGUAACUAAAGCUUUCGUUGGAACAGCUGACAAUCAGCCAAAACUUGCAUGUUUUCCUGUCGACCUUAAUGUCAAAGAUAUCCAGUAGUGCUGAGUUGUUGAUGGCAUGCUACUCAAAGGAUCAUCCUUGUGAUUGACAAGAACUUGAAACAAUGAAGAGGAGCAAAGUCGAGAAAUGGUUAUCCGUUGCACGAUUUGGCUGCGUUAAUGAGUGUUGUGUAGGCCUUCACGAACCAGUCAUAUUUUGGAGAUCUUGCAUGGGAGAGGUGUCUAUAUCCAAACGGUAUGAGUAUCUCGCUCUAGCUGAUCAAUUUUGUAACUCGGACACGGUGUUAUGACCGAUGCUAGGAUGAUUAGGAACUUGUUCAUGUUUCUUCUGUUCAAGGCUUAUUGAGUUGAGAUGAUGAGCACUGUUGGAGAUGUCCAGCUCUCUCGUGCAUUAUGUAUAAAAAAUGUAUGCCAUCUUUUAUGCCCCAAGACCCAAGACCCUCUCACUUUCUGUGUAUACCAGAUUCAAAUUUGCAGCACACAACCAAUGCUUCUUUUUAAUCAUUCACAGCCCUCUUAACUCUC